CGGGAAGGAUAUUUUGUUGUGUUAUUGAAUAUAUGUGUUCUAAACAUGAUGUUCAAUGGAUUGUUGAUGUAUGGUGAUUCUGAUUGCAGCGACUUUUUCAAAGAAAGCACGGGAGCUUCAAGCUUGGCGGAGAGCGUGAGCGAAGCGGAGCGGGCGCGAUGUUUGGAAGACAAACUGCAUGCUACGCUACAAAUUUUAAAGAACAAAGAAGAGACGGUGCGAGUGCAAGCGGAAAGCUUAGCGCUAGCGGAGGAGCGGAUAUCGUCUCUCGCUUCCAAAGUACCCUCUAAGCUCAACCAGGGGACACAAAUUCAAGCUUUGCAGAAAGGCAUAACAGUUGGCUGCAAAACUGAGAUGACAGACGUCUCAAUAUCUGCUGAGACUCAUGAAUCAAACGGGAAAAUCGUGAAAACGUUAAGGGAUAAUCUGACAGUCAUAGAAGACCUGUAUAGAGAAUGCUUUUAUGAGACAGCAAAACAAGAGCAAUUGAUAGAAAUGCUCCGACGUUCAUAUCUCGAGCUGCGUGUGACGGACAAACAGAAAAACGAACAGAUCGGAAGACUGCAGUACGUUGUGGAUACCCAGCGCUCCUCUUUGCAGACUUACCAGGAAAUAGCUGUGGAGGUGGAAAACCUGAAGGCAGAAAUAUCUAAUUUUUUGAGCAGCUCUAACAAUGAUUCGGGCGAGUGCACGUGCGGAUUAGAAGAAGAGAAUAAGAAGCUACGAAGACAAAAUGAAAUUAAUGAGGUACAAAUAAGUAAAUUGCAACAGAGGGUGAUCGAUUUGGAAGAAGCACUCGAAGACAAAGAGAAUAUCGACGAUCGCUACCAGAGACAGAUACAAGAAAAAGAAUAUGAGCUUAACCGCAUUAGACAACAACUGUAUAAUCUGGAAAAAUCUUCGCAAGAAGAAUGCUGCGAGAGAUUGACUGCCGAGUUGAAAGACGUUAAGGGAUUAUUAGAUGAAAAAACAACAGAAUUGGCUAAAGUUCAGCAGAAGUGUCAGCAGCAUGAAGCCACUAUUGAUGAAUUAAAAGAAACGCUUGAAAAAUCCAACGUCAAUGCUAAGGAUAGUGUUAUCCACGCGGAGGUGGUCCGGCUGAGCGCGGCGGUGCGGUGUUGCCGCUCGCAGCUGCGCGCCGCCCGCCGCCGCCUGCGCGCGCUGCAGGCCGACCUGCGCAGCGCACGGGAACACUGCCAUCUGCUGCAGACGCAUUAUAGAGAGCAAUCAAAUUGCGCCCACAACCUGCAAGCCCAACUGGAAGAAGCGCAGGCCCGCGGGGCCGCACUAUGCGAUGAGACACGCCAUAUUGUAUGUACAGUUAGACGCUGUCUCAAACAGCAGAGCCAGCGGCAACGGGACCAAGAAGAGAGGAUCAAACAACAAGAGACCUUAAUACGAACGCUACAGAGCUCACAAACGGAAAGCGCGCUGAACGAGCCGUGCUGCUCCAAGUCCUUACACAUGAGGUGUGCGAGCGAGACGGAGCGAGGCUGCGGUAGGAGUGUGAGCGAGACGGGUAGUGCGCCUCCUACGCCGCCGCGGAGGCUGUUGCGGAAGAAACAGUUAAAAGUGGAGACGCCGUGUAAUUGCAGCGUUAGACACGUUAGCGUGUCGCAGACGAGGCGAAGCGAAGACGAUUGUACGCACGGCUGCAACGUGCGGUAUAUGCGCGAAGUAUCCCCGGACGAGUUACUGGAGCGAGUGGAGCGCGCACACGAGGCGCUCGCGCUCGCGCACCGCCGCUGGGGCGCACACGCGGCACGGGCACGCACUGACCGUAGUGGAGUUGGGGGAUAG